AUGAUGGAUGAGUUCCGUGGACCAAUAUCGCAAGUGGUCCCCCUUAUAAGCACCAAAAUUCAGCUUUCUAUCUCAUACUCAAUGAAGUUUGUUCUUCUUACUCUGAUUAGUGUUAUACUUCGUAUACUGGUCAUCCCUUCUCUUGUUUUCGCAGUUGAAGACACAUCAUCCAUUUCGCAGUCCCAGCCCCUAAGUCAUGAAAAGACCAUUGUUUCUUCCCCACUUGGAACCUUUGUGCUUGGUUUCUUCAAUCUCGGAAAUCCCAACAAAAUCUACCUUGGGAUUUGGUACAAGAAUAUUCCGUUUCGAAACGUUGUUUGGGUCGCAAACGGUGCCAAUCCUAUCAAUGAUUCCUCUUGCAUCUUGAAACUAAGCAGUUCUGGGAACUUGGUCCUUACACACAACGACAUGGUUGUUUGGUGCACAAGUUCUCCAGAAGAAUCACAGAAUCCAGUGGCAGUGCUUUUGGAUUCCGGCAAUCUUGUAAUAAGAGACCAGAAUGCCGUAAAUCAAGAGGAAUAUAUGUGGCAAAGCUUUGAUUACCCUUCUAAUACAAUGGUGGCAGGAAUGAAGAUUGGAUGGGACCAAAAUAGAAAUCUUAAUAAGCGCCUCAUAGCUUGGAAGAAUGAUGAUGAUCCCACACCAGGAGACUUAACUUGGGGCGUAACACUGAACCCUUAUCCUGAGAUGUAUAUCAUGAAGGGAACCAAAAAGUACCACAGAGUUGGACCAUGGAAUGGUUUGCGUUUCAGUGGCAGGCCGCAAAUGAAGGAUAAUCGCAUUUACAAUUACGAGUUUGUCUCCAACAAGAAAGAGGUUUAUUUCACAUGGACCCUCAAGAAUACUAGUGUAGUAACAAUAGCUGUAGUUAACCAAACCACACUAGAGCGUCCUCGUUAUGUAUGGUCAGACACUGACAAAGCAUGGAAUCAUUAUUCAACCAUGCCAGAAGAUUACUGUGAUCAUUAUGGCGUAUGUGGAUCUAACGCAUAUUGCAGCACUUAUGCAUCACCAAUGUGUGCAUGUUUAAAAGGGUUCGAGCCUAAGUCCCCUGAAAACUGGACCUCAACUGAUUGGUCUCAAGGAUGUGUCCUUAAACAUCCUUUGAAUUGCAAGAAUGAUGGGUUUGUCCUAGUGGAAGGCUUGAAAGUGCCGGACACUAAAGAUACGUCCGUAGAUGAGAGUAUUAAUCUAGAGCAAUGCAAAACCAAAUGCUUGAAUUAUUGCUCCUGCAUGGCAUAUACAAAUUCUGAUAUAAGGGGAGCUGGAAGUGGUUGUGUGAUGUGGUUUGGUGAUUUGUUUGACAUCAAACAGUAUCCAGCUCCUGAAAAUGGGCAGGGUCUAUAUAUCCGGUUGCCUGCUUCAGAAUUAGGGAAGUCAAAGCCAGAAAAUAGAUGUGAAACAUAUGUGGAUGAUUUGGAUCUCCCAUUAAUUGAUUUGUCAAUAAUUACGGCUGCCACUGAUAAUUUCUCAGACGUGAAUAAGAUUGGAGAAGGUGGUUUUGGACCAGUAUAUUGGGGAAAAUUAGCUAGUGGGCUAGAAAUUGCUGUAAAGAGACUUUCGCAGAACUCAGGACAAGGAAUAACCGAAUUUUUAAAUGAAGUUAAACUCAUUGCAAAACUUCAGCACCGGAAUCUUGUAAAGCUUCUGGGCUGUUGCAUUCAGAAGCAAGAAAAAAUAUUGGUUUAUGAAUACAUGUCUAAUGGCAGCCUAGAUUACUUCAUUUUUGAUUUUGGAUUGGCUAAAACUGUUGGAAGAGAGGAGGUUGAAGGAAACACAAAUAAAAUAGUUGGAACAUUUGGGUACAUGGCACCAGAGUAUGCUGUUGAUGGACAAUUUUCUGUAAAAUCUGAUGUAUUCAGCUUUGGUGUUUUACUGCUGGAGAUAAUAUAUGGGAAGAAAAACAGAGGACGAUAUCAUGGAAAGCAAUACAACCUUGUUGAUCAUGGUCGUCAUAGUACCAAUCGCGGCAAGAAAAUCAACCGAGGCAAAGGCAACAACACCAGCGGUGACAGAGGCAAACGUGGCAAUGGUGCAGGUACCCGUUGCAGCCAAAUUCCCUUUUCCUUCUCCUUCGGCACACCCCAUCACCCCCACCCCCACCCCCACCCCCACCAUCACCUCGACUCCCCUCACGACACACUCUCUGGCUACUCACCUGCACCUGACCCCAAAUCUGUUCCCCUAGCUUACUUCACUCAACCACGACUCAUUCUUCCAGUUCACCCUCUCGCUCGCCCUUCACUCACCCUCUCCCCAGCCACCGCGUGGCACCCUCCCAGUCACCGAACCACUCCCUCACCUCUGGGCCCCAUCCCAACCACAUCACUUCCUCGCCUCCACCGCCAGCGGCCCCAAAAUCCCUCACCCGCAGUCUCCCUUUCGGUUCUGGUCUUGCUAGCGGUGGCGCCUCUCGAUCGCGGUCCUUUAUAG